GAAUUGACAAGGAGCAAGUAAAGUAGCAAAUCCGCAGGAAAAGUGAGGGUAAAAGUGUCAUUUCCACCACCACCGCCGCACCAGUUUCUUCUUCAUCUCCUACGUCUGAUUCUGAAAUUGAAUAAUCGGGAGACGAAGAAAGAUAAAAGGGUCUAAUCUUGUGCUUUUAGAUUCAUUUUAGGAAAGAUCUAGUAGUUGUUGGAUUCGUUUAACGAAAGUGGAUUUGGUACGAGUCUUUAGGUUUCCAUCUUCACCAAAAGCUCUAUAUAGAAAGAAUCUGCGAGCUCAAUUUCGUAGGAACUAGGGUUCGUGUUUCUUGGUAAAGAUAGAAUCAAUGACGGAGGUUGUUCUGCACAUAUACGAUGUGACGAACAGUGGAUCGGAGAAGACUAACAACACCAUUGUUCAGAUCAAUAGGUUCUUCAAAGACGGGAUCGGUCUUGGCGGUAUAUUCCACAGCGCUAUUCAGGUAUAUGGAGGUGAUGAAUGGUCUUACGGGUAUUGUGAACAAGGAACUGGUGUAUUCAGCUGCCCUAGUGGAAAGAAUCCAAUGUACACAUACCGUGAGAAAAUCGUCCUAGGAAAAACAGAUUGCACAAUCUUCAUGGUAAAUCAGAUGUUGCGUGAGCUCAGCAGGGAAUGGCCAGGACACACUUAUGAUUUGUUAUCAAAAAAUUGCAAUCAUUUCUGCGAUGUACUCUGUGACCGGCUUGGUGUGCCAGAGAUCCCAGGUUGGGUGAAUCGGUUUGCUAAUGCUGGUGACACAGCCUUGGAAGUGGCAGGAAACACAGCGAUGCGGAUGAAGCAAGCCAAAACUGAACUCGUUUCAGCUAGUAAAGUGGCGUAUCGCUUCCUCUCGAAUGUUACAUCGAACGUAACCAAUGGCUCCAAUGGCUCUCCUCAACGAUCGGGAACUCUCAACAAUUCAGACAGCGGAAACUUGAGAUUGCAAGGUAGUUGGCUCAAAGGCUUACUUAACACAGCCAAACCCUCCACAAGUACAGAGAUAGGGAACAAAGAGGAAGAUGCAAAUCAUGCAAUCACCAGUCAGAAGAAACAAAGCCGUGACUCUGAUGUUCUACUGUUUCAGUAGCAACCGUACCGAUCCACCACAAUGCAUUCGGUUAGCUGUAUAUCCACCGGUCCAAAAGUCACACGCACUAGUCUCCUCGUCUGUACCCAUUACUUUGUAUCAACGCUGGAAUCCAUCAUUUUUUUCCCUGCGUUUUUAGCUCAAAUGUGUGCUUUUGUUAAGAUCAUUCUCGGUUGUUACGGUCA